AGAGUGGGCGGGCAAACAGGAGAAAGAGACAGAGUGAGGAGAGAGGCAUCGUCUCACUGAUGCUGAGUCACAUACAGGGGGACCACAGCCGUAUCCCAUGAGUCCUUGGGAAUAAUGGAGGAGCUGGAACACACCUGCCCCCAUCCGCGGACGACUCUGACUGAGCCUGCCAUCUUUGCCAGGGAGACCAGUUGCGAUUGUCGCGCCCCUCAUGAGAAGCUCACCAUCGCCCAGGCCCGCAGAGGCACCCCAGUGGACCGGCCUGUCAGAGUUUAUGCAGACGGCAUCUUUGACCUGUUCCACUCUGGCCAUGCUCGCGCUCUCAUGCAGGCCAAAAACCUGUUCCCCAACACGUACCUGAUAGUAGGAGUGUGCAGUGAUGAGCUGACCCAUAAGUACAAGGGGUUCACGGUGAUGACAGAGGAUGAACGCUAUGAGGCACUGAGACACUGUCGCUAUGUGGACGAGGUGGUGAGAGACGCACCCUGGACCCUCACGCCAGACUUCCUGGAGAAACACAAGAUCGAUUUUGUGGCUCAUGACGAUAUCCCAUACUCCUCAGCAGGAACUGAAGACGUCUAUAAACACAUCAAGGAGGCAGGCAUGUUCGUGCCCACCCAGCGGACAGAGGGAAUCUCUACCUCUGAUUUAAUCACCCGAAUAGUCAGGGACUAUGAUGUCUACGCCCGCCGCAACCUCCAGCGUGGCUACACCGCCAAAGAGCUUAAUGUCAGCUACAUUAACGAGAAGAAGUACCGGCUGCAGAACCAAGUGGACCGUAUGAAGGAGAAGGUCCGGACAGUCGAGGAGAAGAGCAAACACUUUGUCUACCGCGUGGAGGAGAAGAGCCACGACCUCAUCCAGAAGUGGGAGGAAAAAUCCAGAGAGUUCAUCGGCAACUUCCUGGAGCUCUUUGGACCCGAUGGGACUUGGAAACAGGUGUUUCAGGAGCGCAGUGGACGAAUGCUGUCCUACGCUCUGUCCCCCCGAGAGUCGCCCUGCAACAGCCCUCCACGGGAGCUGUCCCCGCUGCGCUCCCCCUCCCCCCCUUCGCCCCCGUCCCGCUGGCACAACGCACGGCCCUCACCCCCGACCUCGCCCAAGGGAGCGUCUGCCUCCAUUAGUAGCAUGAGUGAAGGUGACGAGGACGAGAAGUAGACAUCCUUGGACUGGGGAGCACACACACACACACACACAGACACACACACACACACACACACACACACACACACAUCGCUCACAGGAUACUGCCUGAGAACUGUUCACAUGUGCGCAAACAAACACACACAUGCUCACAUCUCCUUACACACACUGACAGCGAUGACUGGAUGCUGAAACACAUUAUCCUCCGGUCCAGGAAGCUGCAGAUAUGCAAGACAGGGCAGAGGGUGGUCAUGGGAAACAACACCCAAGAAGCCAUCACAGUCUCUGUCGUCUGGGCAGCGGAGCGGACAGAGGGAAGGAGAGGACCUGAGGCUGGGACUGCGGCAGGUCGUGAUGGAGUCAAGGAGCCCAUAAUGUCUGCAUGGAUAGGGCUUAUUCAUGGCUCUCUGUGUAGCCGGCGUCACAUCAGAAUCCCUCACAGCAUCUUUUGAAAGGAGCUGAUCUGCCCUAGAUUGUCCAGCCAUGAUAGAGACUGUCCGAAACAGCCUGCUCAUAACACCACCUCAUGGUUUACUGUCUGAUUUUCUCUAGUUUGGUAGUGUUUUUUUAUUAGUUCACAUUGCUGUAAAUGGGACCUCAAGACAUUGUGUAUUUUCCAUUAUUUCACAGCCUCCACUGUGACGACUGGAUGUGAUGGUGAACAGGCACACUGUUACAGAACGCUGUGUGUGUGUCGUGGGUUUUUGCUAAAGGGCAAACACACACCUCAGCUCUGCAGAACCAUACAGUGCAUGUGAACAGACAGGAACUCCUCUCACCACUGUGUAACUGUGCGCUUCAUGAUCCACCAGUUUGUCUGAUAAAGGAGAGAAAUAGCUCCCCCUAGAACAGCACAGGCAACACUGCAGACACACUGCUGGCACUGGCACACACACACACACGCUCAGCUCUUAGCUGAUGCAAGUCUGCGCCAAUUUUGCACAAAUCAUCAGAGGAUCCCUAAAAUAUGUAUUCAAAAGAGGCAGAUUCAUAAUCCUGGCUGCACAGCAUAACCUCUGUGAUCGAAAACUAAUUUUAAAGACUCUUGUUCUCAUUCGGAUGUGAUGACCACUUUCAAAGAUGGAGAUUAAGAGUAAUCCCAGAGAGAACUCGGCUGAAAGCAAGUUCUUAGUGUAAGACAGCAUUGGAAAUUAAAAUAGGCCUGGAGGAAAAAAAAAAUGUCCUUCCAAGUUCAUAAAAUAUCCCUGAAACUGAGGUGACGGCACAGAAAAUGUCCACCGAAAAAAAACUGCACACUAAGGUUUGCAGUGCCUCAGCUUGCACUGCUUUGUUGUGCAGCAGAAGAUUUCUAAUAACAAUGUUCAUGUGAGAGAUUGUCUGACUCAACAUAAUAGCAGAAAUGAGGCCUGUCAUAAAAUUAUAGACGCUGCAAAAAUCCUCCCCAAAAUUAGUUUUCGGGGACUUGAACUUUGCUUGAUUUAUGUCUGUGAAAAAGUCCCUAAAAAUUGGUUUUAAUAAGCCGCCUCGAUUUAUUAGCUUAGAAAUGUAAACCGAGCCUUUAAGGCCAAGCCUAGAGAGCAAAUGUAAUCAACUGUGCCAGUCUAAUCUUUAGUCACAUGCUAUACCAAAAAAAAAAAAGCAACAAUGAAAACCCUCCACCGCAGUAGGCCAUGAAAAUAGAACUUGUAUAAAAUCACCGUGAAGC